CAUUGACCAGGUUCAACAAGUAGUGAGAGUAUUUAACAAAUCGAAAACCCACAUUUUGUGGCACAUUACAUAUUCUCGUGACUGUACGAUGUUAUCCGUGCAAUUGAUAUACGAGUGGAGAAACUCGGUGGAUUCUAGUAUUUACCAAUGUAAACGUUAGAAAGCUGACAUGACCGAUUGAUUCUGUAAAGGACAAAGUAAGUAAUGCCGCUGCUGAGAACCUAUGGGCAAAUAAGACAUGCUUGAUGCUUGGAUGUAUUCGAUAAUGGAAAUAGAUUACUUUGAGAAAAAGGCAGUCGACGACCGAUCCUCUCGCGAAUCUAAUAAAAAAAGGAGAAAAGAAAAUAAUUGCGUCAAAUAGAGAUGCUUUGCACCGGAUGGUCCGUGUUCCGUUUGAAUUCUUUGUGCACUAAGAUAGAUGUAACUUAUGUUACAUUUUGUUUAUAUUUAAAAGAAAAACAAGUGAUUACCGCAAAUGCAACUAUGAAGGUUCUAAAUGUUGCCGAGAAGAACGAUGCCGCCAAAAAUAUCUCGCUCCAUUUAUCCAAAGGAAAUAGUUCUCGAAGAGAAGGUUUAUCCAAGUUCAAUAAAAUAUACGAAUUCAAUUUACAACUAUGGAAUCAAAAUUGUAAGAUGAUUAUGACGUCGGUCUCUGGACACCUUCUGGGCUACGAAUUUGUGGGAUCCUAUCGGAGAUGGGAAGGUUGUCAUCCGCUGAGUCUGUUCGAUGCUCUUGUAGUGAAGCAGUGUAUUCAGAAUUAUGCGGAUAUUAAAAAGACAUUGGAACGAGAAGUGCGAAACUGCCAAGCACUUGUCCUAUGGACGGAUUGCGACAGGGAAGGGGAGAACAUUGGGUUUGAAAUUAUUCAAGUUUGUCGAGCUAUUAAACCUGGUAUCAAAAUUUACAGAGCAAAGUUUUCCGAGAUUACACAAUGUUCGAUGGAACGGGCUAUUAGAAAUCUCGAACAACCGAAUAAGGCCAUCAGCGAUGCGGUGGAUGUGCGCAGUGAACUAGACCUAAGAAUAGGUGCUGCAUUUACAAGAUUUCAAACGUUAAGACUGCAAAAGGUCUUCCCUCGAACCCUUUCGGAUAUGCUCAUCAGUUACGGCAGCUGUCAGUUUCCGACGUUAGGCUUUGUAGUGGAACGAUUCCUGGCGAUUGAAAGAUUUAAGCCAGAGCCUUACUGGAGACUCAAAGUGACGGAUAUGCGGAAUGACAUCUUGGUUGAAUUCAGAUGGGAUAGAAAUAGGCUCUUCGAAGAAUUGCCGUGUCAGAUUUUGUUGGACCGAUGCUUGGAGAAUCCUAACGCUACUGUGGAAAAAGUGACGAGUAAGCCUAAGAGCAAGUGGAGACCGUUACCGCUGGAUACUAUAGAAUUGGAAAAACAAGGCUCUCGGAAACUUCAAUUAAAUGCCAAGGAGACCAUGCAGAUCGCAGAGAGGCUUUACACUCAAGGUCUCAUCAGUUACCCUCGUACCGAGACAAAUAUAUUUCCAAAGGAACUUAACCUGGUUCCUUUGGUCAGCGAUCAAACCAACAACCCAGUCUGGGGAGAUUUUGCGCGACGAUUGCUUGCCGAUGGACCUACGCCCAGGCAGGGGAAAAAGAGCGACCAGGCUCACCCCCCGAUCCAUCCGACAAAAUAUUCCGAUACGCUUCAAGGACACGAAGCUCGAGUGUACGAAUUUGUAACGAGACACUUUCUUGCUUGCCUGUCAAAGAACGCGGAAGGUGAAGAAACAUUGGUAGAGAUUGACAUCGCGGCAGAAAAGUUUGCCGCGAAUGGAUUGCGGAUUAUAGCAAAAAAUUAUUUGGAAGUUUACGUUUACGAAAAGUGGAGUGAUAAAGUGAUUCCUGUUUACGAACGUGGCCAGGUGUUCGGGCCUACCGGCAUUGAAAUGGUUCGGUCGGAGACAACGCCACCUAACCUUUUAACCGAAGCUGAUUUAAUUGCCUUGAUGGAUAAACAUGGGAUUGGAACCGAUGCGACCCAUGCCGAGCACAUUGAAACUAUCAAAUCGAGACAGUAUGUAGGUCUAGCCGAUGGAUCGCACUUUGUACCGGGAAACCUUGGCAUCGGAUUGGUAACGGGUUACGAUAGAAUGGGCUUUCAAAUGUCAAAGCCUAACCUGCGAGCUGAAUUAGAGAGUGAUCUGAAACUAAUAUGCGAAGGGAAGAAGGACCCACAGGUUGUCUUGCUUAACCAGAUAUCCAAGUAUCGAGAGGUAUUCAAGAUUGCUCUAGAACGAGCCAAUUUAAUUGACGGAGCUAUUGCCGAGUACAUCGAAGAGAGACCAAAAGAUGCCGAAGAAUUGCCAGCCACUGUGCCACCGGAGGAUAUUGUUGUUUUCUCGUGUCCCAAAUGUGGUUCGAAUAUGGUGCUGAAAGACAGAUCGCUCGAUGGAAGGAAAUACAUCGGUUGUAUGGCAUAUCCAGAUUGCAGCAACAGUAUCUGGCUCCCUUCGACCAUCGAACGAGUUCAAGUGCUCGAUAGAGUCUGCCAGCAAUGUCCUGGUAACCUGCCGAUACUGAGGUUUAAGCUAAAACGCGGCGCACUACCCCUCUUUGGCAUCGAGCACGAGACAUGUAUAGGAGGUUGUGACGAAGAAUUCAAUCAAGUGAUGGAAAUACGUGUCGAUAAUGUUAGAAGAGUCCAGGGAACCAACGAUACCGGCUACACAAGUUUUCAUAGAUCCUCCGUAAGGAGUUCCGACACCUCUCAGAGGAAUAAUACUCCUUCUGGUCGCACCGAUUCGAUUCCCGGCACGCAUCAAAGGCAAAACUUCCCUCCUCCUAGACCCAGCGCGCCAUCUGUGCUACCACGAGGUAAAGGUGGGGCAAAGUCUAACGAUAAUUGGGACAAUCCUUCGACUAGUGUUCAUCAGCAGAGACCAAGUUUCAUUUCUCGUAAUCCAAGUGCAAGCAAUGAUGGAAACGGUGGCAGUGGAUCCAGCCAAAUUUCUGGAACUUCUCGUAGCAACUAUGGCAAUGACUCGGACACCGGAGAUCGGAUCUGGGGAACCAAUGACGGUAACUCUGUGUUUGUCUGUCACUGUCACGAAAACGCAAAGCUUUUGACCGUUAUAAAGGAGGGAAGAAAUAAAGGGAAGCAGUUCUACAAAUGUGCAAAGCCACAAGGCCAGGGCUGUGACUUCUUCAUGUGGGACCCGAACAAUAUGGAGAACGAAGGCGAAGGUGCGAAUUCACGAGAAGCCAGUAGUAACGGUCGCCAAAAUCGAGGAAACUGGAUCAACGCUAUGAUAUCUAAUGAUCCCGCUGUGACUGCUCCUAACGUGAUCAAUUGUCUCUGCGGUCUGCCUGCAAAGCAGCUGACCGUUCGCAAGGAAGGGCCAAACAAGGGACGACAAUUCUACAAGUGCCAGCAAGAUAUUUGUAAAUUCUUCGAUUGGGGUAACGAGGCUGGGUCCGAGUUUCCGGAAGGACAAAUUCGAGCACCCAGCGCACGAGGACGAGGACGAGGACGAGGAAGAGACGGUGAUGGGAAUAUCGGAGGUAAAAGGAAAUGUGGCAUUUGUGGUGUCGAAGGGCAUACGAGGAGGACGUGCCCGCAGAAGACUAUGGAUUAAUUUCAAAUUGUAUAUGCCUUGGGAGAACAUUCCGUGAGAAUCUAGCAAUGGACAAUCCUCUAAGCAUACCGGAGAAGCUAAUCUUCACGGGCAAUUAAUUUCGAUGAUUAUUCUUUAUUCCUUUCAAUUAUUAAGCCCUUCCACCCAAAGUAAAAUCUCCUUAUUUAUAUUUCAAAUGUUCAAUACAUUUCCUGUAACAUUAUUCACUUUCCUAACUGUUAAGUAAAACACGGAAAUUGUGAGGGAAAAAAAAAACGAUAUUUACAAUC